AUGGGUCCAAUAUAUGCGCAGGCUAGCCAGGUCAUUGUGUGGCUUGGCGGAAGUCAAGACUGUGGAGACAAGGCGCUUGAAAGUAUCCGUCACUUCGGCGAAGAUGAUCACUCCUUGGCAGAUUACUGGUCCGAGGAGGAUAUUUCUUUGUGCUCGAAACUACUUGAUCGAGAGUGGUUUCGACGGGUGUGGGUCCUUCAGGAAGUUGGUGUUGCACGAUCUAUUUCGAUAAUCUGUGGUCCAAGUCAGAUCAGCGGACACUCAUUUUGUCAAGGCCUUCUUAGAAUGAGAUUUCCCCCCGAUUGCCAGACCAUGGCUGGGGCGGUCGCUCAUUUGAUGAAGGGCGCACCGUUUCGACAGAGGAAUACAAUGCGCUCAGGAGGCCUCUCACUAGCUGAGUUGAUUGGCCUGUAUUGCAAAAAUAAAGCUACGCAGAAACACAAUAAAAUAUACGCUCUGCUAGGAUUGGCCAGUGAAGAAGAAGCCAGUCAAAUUCAGGUUGAUUAUGAAGUCGAUUAG